UACAUCAUGCGGUAGUACUGGGGGGCAGGGUGGGUGGGGCAUGCAUGGGGUGCUGGCUGAUCCACUGCUCCAUGCAGGAUGGCCCAGAAGUACUACGAGUACAUUAACUACAAGGAGGAGCAGGAGAAGGAGAAGGAGCGGGCACCACGGGACGCCUGCAAUGCCUACAUCAUCAUCUUCCAGACCAUCUUCUACUCCUGCUUCCACUUGAGCUUCGUCUGCGCUCAGAUGCCCAUGGUCUUCUUCCUCAACAACUACCUCUACCAACUCAACCACACGCUCUUUGCAGUGAGGCACUGCGGGACCCUGAGCCACGGCACGCUGCCUGGUUUCAACAAGACGGUGCUGCAGAGCCUUCCCCGCAGCGUCAACCUCAUCGUCGUGGAGAGCGCCUUGAUGGCCGCCGCCUUCCUCGCCAUGCUGGUGGUGAGCGCCGGGGCGGGAGGGGACAGGGAUGGGCUGGAUGAUGGCAGGACCUCACCUGCUGGCACUCUGCAGGUGCUGGUGCUGUGCGGCGCAGCGUACCGGCCCAUGGAGGAGAUCGACAUGCGCAGCAUCGGCUGGGGUAACAUCUUCCAGCUGCCCUUCAAGCACAUGCGGGACUAUCGCCUGCGGCACCUCUUCCCACUGUUCAUCUACAGCGGCUUCGAGGUGCUCUUUGUCUGCACGGGAUUUUCCCUGGUAGGAUCUGUGGCGGGGUGGGAGGUGAUGGAGCGGGGACAGGUGACUCUGAGCCCGUGCUCUCUGCAGAACUACGGCGUGUGCGCCCUCGGGCUGGAGAGGCUGGCGUAUCUGCUCAUGGCCUACGGCUUCUCCGCCUCGGUGUGCUCCAGCCUGGCCCUGUGCAUGCUGCGCCUGCGCCGGCACAUCCCGCUCCUGGCUGGAGCCCUGAUCCACGCUGUGCUCCUGGUGACGCUCUUCUGCUGGGCGCCGGAGCCCCGGUACCUGGCGCAGGCGCCGCUGCUCUACAGCAUUGCCGCGCUCUGGGGCACCGGCAGCGCCCUCAACAAGACCGGAAUCAGCAUCCUCCUAGGGAUGUUGUACAAGAAAAAGGAGCGCCAAGACUUCAUCUUCACCAUCUACCACUGGUGGCAGGCCCUGGCUAUCUUCGCCGUCUACCUGUGGUCGGGGCUGCCCAUGAAGGUAAGUCCCAGAUAUGCCCCAGCCCAGUCUGAGAGAUUCCAGGCUUUUUGGGGACACACCCCCACGCCAAUCCCAAAACUCCAUGUGCCUCAGGCCAAGCUGUCCAUCAUGCUGCUCACGCUGGUGGUGGCGGUGGGGACAUACCUGUGGAUGGAGCGGAAGGUGGCGUGGAACAUGGAAGUGCGGCUGCCCCGCAUCCCACGCCCACGCCACAAAACACGUGGAUACCGCUACCUGGAGGACAACUCGGAUGAGACUGGCUCUGACGGUGACGGGGACAAGGAGGAUGAUGACAGGCACCCAACUGAGGCCACCAGGGAGGACGAGCUGCCAAAAGAGGACGAGGAGCUGCUGGGAUAG